UCUCACUCUGUGUGUGGUUCUUUCGAGAUAGUGGCCUCGUCUUUGGGCGACUUUGAACAGCGAGCGACUUUGUUUUAUGUGUGCUUUGUUUGGAAUAAUCUAGGUUCCUAGGCAAAUCCCUUUGCGCGCACGCCUCAAAAUUACAACACCAACAGGAAGAAAGACAGCAGCAGCCGAAGCAGCAGCAGCCGCAGCAGCCGCCGCAGCAGCAGCAGCAGCCACUGUCGCCGCAGCAGCAGCAGCAGCUAAAAUGUUAACGGACAUGACACCAACCGCCGGCCAAUUGUACGGCUCACAGAUUCCGGCUAUGGCGGGCAUGAACAUCACCAACAUUGCGACACAUUUGCAGAAACCACAGGUAAAUCCGGAUCAUCCUAGUCUGCGCGGCACUCCACUGGCCAUGCUGGCCGCCCAGUGCAACAAGCUGUCGAACAAAUCGCCGCCGCCGCUGGCCGAUGCGGCCGUCGGCAAGGGUUUCCAUCCCUGGAAGAAGAGUCCCAAUUCACCGGCAGCAGGUAGCAGCAACGCACCCGGCGGCGGCGGUGGUGCAUCUAGCCUCAGCGGCAGCAGCAGCGUUGGCCAGCACUCGCCCUGCGCCAUCUCGGCGGCAAGCUCGUCCAGCUCCAGCGGCAGCGGCAGCGGCGGAGGAGGGGGCGGCGGCGGAGGCAGCGGCGGGCAAACAUCGCGCAGCCUCUCGUCCAGUGCUAACAGCAGCACUAUGGUAAACAUCACAGCUAGCAUAUAUCCUUACAGUCGUCCGCUCGCCUCGUCCUGCGCGGCCGUGGGCACCUCGGCGUCUGCCUACGGCAGCGACCUGUACUUUCCCAACACGUCCACGUCGUCGGGCAGCAUGGUGGCCGACAAUCAUCACAUGCACCAGGGGCUGUUGGGCAAGGUGGAGGGCGCUGCGUUCGGGUCGGUCUACUCGCGCCACCCGUACGACUGGCCCUUCAACGCGGUGACUGCGUCCGCCCACAAGGCCGCCGAGGCAGCCAGCGUCAACUCGGGCUGGUGGGACAUGCACAGCGCUGCCGCUGCCGGCAGCUGGCUGGACAUGGGCAGCGCCGCGGCGGCGGGCAUGCACUCGACCAUGGCCAACUAUGCGAGCGCCGCGGCCGCUGGCACGGAUUACAGCUCGGCGCUGUCGCACUCGCUGUCGAACACGGCCCAUCUGCUGGGCUCCGGCCAGCACUUGCUGCAGGACACGUACAAGAGCAUGCUGCCCGGGCAGGGGGUGGGCGGCUUCUCGCUGCCGCACAGCUCGCCGUCGGCGGCGGCCACGGCCGCCUCGCCACAGGCCUCGACCCCGUCCACGCCCUCUCCGCGCUCGCAGCGUCGGUAUGCGGGCCGCGCCACCUGCGACUGCCCGAACUGCCAGGAGGCGGAGCGCCUGGGCCCGGCCGGCGUCCACUUGCGCAAGAAGAACAUCCACUCCUGCCAUAUCCCGGGUUGCGGCAAGGUGUACGGUAAGACGUCGCAUCUGAAGGCGCAUCUGCGAUGGCACACCGGCGAGCGUCCCUUUGUGUGCAACUGGCUGUUCUGCGGCAAGCGCUUCACGCGCUCCGACGAGCUGCAGCGGCAUUUGAGGACACAUACCGGCGAGAAGCGCUUUGCUUGCCCCGUGUGCAACAAGCGUUUUAUGCGCAGCGACCAUCUGGCCAAGCACGUAAAGACGCACAAUGGCACGGCGCCGAAUGGCAUUAAAAAGGGCUCCUCGGAGUCGUGCAGCGACUCUGAGGAGGCAGCCAAUCAGUCGGGUGAGUCGAACGGGUUGGGCGGCGCGUCCAGUGGCCAACAGACGGGCGCAGGUGGUGGCGGCGGGGGUGGCUCCGCCAGCUCCGGCUCCGGCAACGGCAGCUCUGGCUCCGGUGCCGGCGGCAAUCGAGCUGGCAGCCAUCCCGGCACCCCGACCUCGCUGCACGCGCAUAGCGCCUCCAGCACGUCCAGCAGCCUGCUGGGCGGCGGUCUGCACCUGGCCACGCCGCACCAGAUGGUCGCCGCGGGCGGCUCGCCGGUGAUGCUGCAUCAGCAUCAGCAGCAACAGCACCAGCAGCAUUCGCAUCAGUCGGCGCACCAGCAGCAGCAACAGCAGCAGCAGCAACAGCAGCAACAGCAGCAGCAGCAGCAGCAACAACAGCAGCAGCAGCAACAGUUCUCGCAGCAGCAGUCCCAUCCACACGCCCAUCUGCAUCACCAUCACCAUCACCUGGUGGGUGCAUCGGCACCCAGUCCCGGCCUGGAUCAGCGUCUGGACCACAGCGCCCUGGUCGACAUCAAGCCGCCGAUGGUUUGAGGAUCGCUGGGACCCUUUUUGUUUACCAAUUGAACAGAAAUGGGUUCCUGGACGCAGUUCAAUGUGCACCACCGUUGGGCGCAUCUAUAAUUAGUGGGCGUGGCUCAGCACUCGACACACUAAUGCUAAUGACACACGCACGCACUCUUAAAAAUAUUUU